CUCUCGGCUUUGCGCGGAGUGUGCCCUGCGAGCUUUGUAUCCCGUUGCUCGUGUGUGGGUCAUUGUGUUACAGACAGAUUAGAGUGCGGUUUUGUGUUUGUUUUUAAAUGUAAAUGGUUUUAGUUUACAUGAAACGGAAAGCUUGAGAUCGACUAAAUAAACAACAACAACAGCUUACGCCGACUGCAGAGAGAGAGAGAGAGAGAGAGAGUGAGAACGGAUCAGCCUCACUCAAAGGAAGUUUCUGAGAUGGAAGCAGCUCACAUCAGCCCAGAGCUUCCUAUUCGAUGGGUUGUUUCUGCAGACAGGACUGUUGAGAUCAAGGAGGAAGUGACUGAGCUGGGGUGUGACCAGGCCAAUGAGCGGAUCCUGCAGGAGGAAACGCCACCUUCUAGCAUCACUGAGAGAGGUACAGAUAUGAAGUGUCCUGAGGUGGAACCUGUCCCCAUUAAAGAAGAGACUCCAGAAGAUUUAGAGCCUGUCCACAUUAAGAAAGAAGUCACAGCUCUGGAACCUGUCCACAUGAACGAGGAUAGUCCUGUACUAGAAUCAGUUUAUAUUCAAAGAGUUAUUCUCAAUCCGAAAACCUUAAACAACUUGCAGGGUUCACGUAAUGAAUGUGAAGAGAGCUUCUCUCAAUUACAAAGUCUUAAAAUACACCAGCAAAAUCACACAGGGGAUAAACCACACCACUGUAAUGAAUGUGGAAAGAGCUUCACUCAUUUGGGAAACUAUAAGAGACAUCAGCGAGUUCACACAGGAGAGAAACCUCACCACUGCACUGAAUGUGGAAAGAGCUUCAAUGAUUUAGGAAACCUUAAACAACACCAACGAAUUCACACAGGGGAGAAACCACACCACUGUAAUGAAUGUGGAAAGAGUUUUUCUGAAUUAGGAAGUCUGAAAAAACACCAGCGAGUUCACACAGGAGAGAAACCAUACCAGUGUAAUGAAUGCGGGAAAAGCUUCACUCAAUCAGGAAAAGUUAAACAACACCAUCGAGUUCACACAGGAGAGAAACCAUACCAGUGCAAUGAAUGUGGAAAGUGCUUUACUGAAUUAGGAAGUCUUAAAACACACCAACGAAUUCACACAGGAGAGAAACCACACCAGUGUAGUGAAUGUGGGAAGCGCUUUAAUGAAUUAGGAAGUCUUAAAACACACCAACGAAUUCACACAGGAGAGAAACCAUACCACUGUAAUGAAUGCAAGAAGAGCUUCAGUCAAUUAGGAAAACUUAAACAACACCAGCGAGUUCACACAGGAGAGAAACCAUACCAGUGUAAUAAAUGCAGGAAGCAUUUUGCUGUGUUAGGAAGCCUUAAAAGGCACCAGCGAGUUCACACAGGAGAGAAACCGUACCACUGUAAUGAAUGUGGGAAGCUCUUUGCUUUAUUAGGAAGCCUUAAAGCACACCAGCAAAUUCACACAGGAGAGAAACCGUACCAGUGUAAUCUAUGUGGGAAGAGCUUCGCUCGAUUAGGAAAACUUAAACAACACAAGCGAGUUCACACAGGAGAGAAACCACAUCACUGUAAUAAAUGUGGGAAGGGCUUCACUCAAUUAGGAAAUCUUAAAAGACACCAGCAAGCUCACACAAGAGAGAAACCACAAUGAAUUCUGAAAUCUUCAAAGACACCAACAAUCACACAAGAGAAAAUCCACAGCAUUGUAAUGCAUGUGAGAAGAGCUUCUCUCGAUUAGACACGACUUAAAUCGCACCAGCAAAGUCACAGAGUGAAACUUACUGGGGUUUUUUUGGUAAUAUCAUUUUAAUGAGACAAGCUAAAAUAUGAUAUAAAUUAGCUUUGGAGACCACAAAAUUAUUUUCUUUAGGUGAGAAUUGGAAAUUGAAGACAUGGAGAUAAAUUAAACUCUCAGCAAGUGAUCUACAUAUUUUAACUAAGCAUACUAACAUGGUAUCUGAAUAUGCUAGUGCUUAAAUUCAGACCCUUGUUACAGCCUGUAAAAAGGGGCGGUGGGUAUCCACUGACAGAUGGGAGAGACACAGGAAUUGACUUUGCAACGCUGCACAGUUUUUGAUCAACUUGCACCUCGUCCAUUCAUUACAAAAUCAUUUUUACUAAUGCAAUGCCAGCAGCUUGUUCAUCUCUACUAAAUACAUAACAGAUAAAAAAAAGUCUAGUAUAUUCAGCCCCCCCCCCCCCCAUCCAAGUACUCUUUUGUAAUUUGUAAAUAUUCUACAGUAGGUUUUAAUACUGGCAAUAUCAUGUUGCAAAAAAUGAAAAGUAAAAUUGUGUGCCAUUAAUAGGAGGCUGUGUGGUCCAGUGGUUAAAGAAACGGGCUGGGUUGAAAUCCCACCUCAGCCACUUUGUGUGACCCUGAGCAAGUCACUUCACCACCUUGUGCUCCGUCUUUUGGGUGAGACGUAAUUGUAAGUGACUCUGCAGCUGAUGCAUAGUUCACACACCCUAGUCUCUGUAAGUCGCCUUGGAUAAAGGCGUCUGCUAAAUAAACUAAUAAUAAAAAAUUAAUAAUACAUUUGCAUAAACCACCACAACCUACCAGUUGUCUUUAUCAAGUCAAUAUUAUUAAUUCUCAAGGUUUCUGCUUCCUAGGGACAAUGAAGAAUGAACUGGUGUUGGAGCUUUCCUUUCUUCAUGGGGUUGUAUCUGGGAGGAAGGUACCUGGUGUAGUAACAUAGGCCUUUAAAUAUCCUGUCAAGACAAAUGAACAUGGCUUUAUGAAACUAACCUGUCAUUGGGACAAGCUGGUCCACAAUAUUGUGCG